AUGAUUAACAUCAAAAAUGAAUAUAAUCGGAAGAAAGAGGACAUCGAGAGAGAAGAAUGCUUUGGGAGAGGCUAUGACCUUGAGAAUGGUAAGGUAUUUUGAAGUUUUUCGAUAAUUCAUAGCAGUCAUUUGGGCUUAGAUAUAAUUUUUUUGCAGAAAAGCAUGUCACACUUGAUGGAAUUGGCAAUGUUGAAGACAAAUCGAGCGGAAUGUUGCCGUUAAUUGAAGAAGUUGACGAAACAGAGGAUCAGGAAGAGAUCAUGGGGGAAAAGAAAAAAACUGUAGGUCGUAAUUAUAGAUUUUUUACGAAUUUUCGGAAAAUGGGUUAAGUGUUUCUCUCAGAGACUUUGCGCCCAAACUUAUCAAUAUUUAGGGUCUACGGUUUUCAAUUUUUUAAUCUGAUUUCCGCAGAAAUCCCGAUGUGUGAACGUAAACUUGGCCAUGGGUCAUUUGAUCACGGAAUAUGCAAAAAAGAUGAUUAAUGUGAUCGACGAAGUCAUGGAUUCCCAGCAGAUGUCUUCCUUCCCGGCUGUCAGAGACUACGCUUCAAAAGAGGUAAAAUACGCGUUUUUUUUAUACUUUAGCCACCAGAUGUCCCAGAGUAAUACAAUCAUUUUAGCUGAAGUUUUGGGGCGAUUUGAUGGAAGAAAAAUCAAUCUAUGGCAAAGAGUAAGCAUCGAUUAAAAAUUUAAUUAAUGUAUGACAUUUUGGUGUCAACAAUUCAAAUUUUAGUGGUUUGUUCCUCUGCAGACGAUGUAUCAAAGUUAUGCGACAAGGAGCUCGCCCUGGAAGUCAUUGUCAGCCCUGA